CGGUUCCGCGCGCUGCCACCCCUGCGGCCGCCGCUGUCCCCAAGCUGGGCUACCGGAGGCGCUGCACAGACACUCGCCUCUGGCCACCGCCACCGGCUCCUGCUGCUGCCGCCCAGAGGACAAACGAGCCUCUGCCCGCGAUUUCCCCGCGGCGGCCGCGUUGCGGAAAGCUGAGCCGGUGGGCGCGAGCUGCAGGACACUAUGGAGUUCUUUCCUCGCUUCGGAGUUGCUUGAGUUGGCAGAGCCUCGCUGGGGUUCCCUGCUUUCUGCUCCCUGUUCCCUUCGGGGCUCGCCGCUCACCGCUUACCCGGUUGUUGCCCACCGCUGUGCCAGGGAGCCCAGGCUCCAGAGCUCCUGUCCCGAGUCCAUUGGGGGGCAAAAGAGGGGCUGUCGCCAGCCAAGGGGCACUGUCUUCUCUCAGCUGACCCAUCUAUUUUUCCAUGGCGUCUCGUCAACAAACCCGAAUCCAGGCUUACCUGGAGAAAAACAAGAUCGGUCCUCUGUUUGAGGAAUUAAUGACCAAGCUAAUAACUGAGACACCAGACCAGCCAAUCCCAUUUCUCAUUGACCAUCUUCAGUCCAAGCAAGGAAACCGAGGACAGCUGCAAAGAACUUUGUCUGGGUCAGCAGCCCUCUGGGCAGAAAGUGAACCAUCAGUACCUGGCUACUCAGGAUUUCUGCGUAGAUUUCCAUCAACAAUAUUGGUGUAUGGCUGUGUCUUUGUCUUUGUUGAGGGCAAAGCUGGUCUUAAGAGGAAGAAAGUAACCCAGACCCAGAAAGACAAACACGUUCCAAGGUCAGUAGAACAUCCUCAGUGGAACUGGCGGACUAAACCACAAAGCCGUGAUUUUGAUGAAUUGAACCACAUCCUUCAAGAGAGCAAGAAGCUGGGGAAAGCCCUUGAGAAUCUCUCUCGAAGUAUUGCAAUUUCAGAUGAACUUGAUAAGGAAACAGUGGCUUUCAAUUCUUCUCUUCUGAGACCCCGCGUGAUUGGGGAGUGGAUUGGCAGAGCAGAAAAUGACGCUGAUCCCCUCGCUGCUGAGAUGCUGCAGCCCCCGGUUCCACGGAGUAAGAACGACCCAUGGGAAAGUGAAGAGAGCAGCCCUAGCCCCGCAGGAAGCUUAAAGAUGGAGCCCAAGACAAAAGGAUUAAAACAGCAGCAGCAGCAGCAUAAGAAACUUCUGGCUGCAAUGCUUUCCCAGGAUUCCUUCGAGUCUGUCCACAGCCCCACCCCAUCUGUCAUAGAAGAAGACAUUGACAAUGAAGACGAUGCAAUGGAGUUGCUGGAAGAUCUGGACGACUUAAGAAUGGAGGGCGUUACUACCCUGGUUCUUUCUGGGAGCAAAUUUAACCAAGGUCGUCCUAUGCACCCUGCUGAGCCACAGGCCAAAGUCACUCUGAACAUCUGUUCAAGGUGUGCCAGGCUUCAAGGGGACAAUCUGAUGGAAAGGACAGAUGACACACUACUACUUCAUUCUCCAGAGGAGAUGAUCCCAGAUUCACUGGAUUCUUUACCUGGGACUGAAGAAACCCUCAUGGAGGAAGGUGAAGAUUUUGAGAGAACAUCAAAAUUAACAGAACUUGGAGAAGACUCCAGUGGAGGACACUCUUUGAAAUCCUACAUGGAAGAAGAUGAGUCUUUAAAGCAAUUGCAGGUUGUGCAUCAGCCAUGGCUCUUGCCAAGCGACACAGAAAGUGAAGGCAUUGAAGCAGAGCAGGACAAACGUCUGUCUCUGAAACAAGCAAAGGAUGUUCCAAGUGGUCCUUAAGGAGACUGAAGCUGACUAAAUCCUUAC